AUGGCGGUGACCGAGCUGCUGCGGGACCGGGGGGGCGGCGGCCCCUCCAGCAGCUCCGCCAGCGGCCGGAUGAAGCCCCGCAGCUCCCGGCACUGCGAGGAAGAGGAGGAGGAUGGUGACCCCCGAUCCAGACCGGGGAGGGGGUGUCAUCCCCCCCACCACCUGUUUCAGGUGGGUGCUGACCCCCACCCCGCCUACGACAACAUCCUGAGCCACCUCGGGAGCAUCCGCUACGCAGGACAGACGGCGGCCAUCCCCUCCUUCAGCGUGCAGGACCUGCUGCCCCCGCGCCUGGACCUCUACUACCGCUACAACGGCUCCCUCACCACCCCGCCCUGCUUCCAGGGCGUCCUCUGGACCCUCUUCCAGCACCCCGUCCGCAUCAGCCCGGCCCAGCUGGAGCAGCUCCAGGGAACUCUCUACACCACGGCAGCGGCCGAGCCCCAGCCUCAGCGCCUGGUGGAUAAUUUUCGGGUCCCACAGGAGCUCAACCAGCGGCUGGUGCUGGUGUCCGUCCCCAGGGUUGCACAGCAGGGUAACGAGUGCCCCCAGACGGGACCCGGCAGGGAGCGGACAGGGGGGGAGCGGGAGCACCCCCCACCCUGA